CAAGGCGCACCUCAUUUCCCUUGCCGCUCCCACAAGCCAAACACAAGCACCAAACCCCACACCGCAACGCAACGCAGAAAGCAGAGACGAAGCAUCCGUAGAUCCCCCCGUUCCACUUUCCCUUCCGCCAUGGCCAGGACCCCGGCCUCAGCCGCCGCGCUCAUGGCUGCCUCCGUCCUGCUCGUCCUCCUCCUCGCGCGCUGCGCAGACGCUGGGGACCUGCCGCUCAGCUGGGAGCUGGGGCUCACGGGCGUGGAGGAGGUGGCGGACGACGGCUACGGGUUCGCCGCAGGCGACGGCGACGCGGUGGUGAGGCGCGUGCUGCAGGGCGGCAACGGCUACAUCAGCUACGGCGCGCUGCGGAGGGACAACGUGCCCUGCUCCGUGCGGGGAGCAUCCUACUACAACUGCCGCGCCGGUGCCCAGGCCAACCCCUACACGCGCGGCUGCUCCAAGAUCGCAGGCUGCCGCGGCUAACCCCGGCGCUCCUCCACCAGAGUACGUUUCGUCAUGAAUUGAGUCCAUGUCCCCCUCCCCGAGUCCCGAUUCAGACUGUUGGUUAGUCGUCCUCUGUCUGCUCUAUUGUUUCUUCCAAACUGUUGUAGCGAAUUCCAAGUCCUCGUGUCAAAAGAGGCCUUGUCUGCUCAUGUAAAUUGGAUUCUAAGCCGUGUAUAAACUGAUGGAUCGAUGAUUGAUUUCUUA